AUGUUAUUGCAAGUCAUGAUCUCUACGCACUCAUUGUUCCGUUACCAUGGAAACAAUAUUUCCAUGGAAACAAGUUGCCAUAGAAACUGUGAUUUGCAGGACUUAAGUCUGUAUACAGAAAGUAUAGGAAUAAGAGUUAGAGCUAGGAAAAAGAGAAAGAAAUACAUGCAAAACAUAUUGUAUUAUUCUUUUAAAGAUAUUCUAACUGUUCAUCAAGCAAGGAUUCCCUUAACAAUAAUUUACAAAAAAGGCUCAAUUGGGUAA